UCAACUCCCAGCGGAAGAGGAAGACAACUGAACUGAUUAUGUCUCCUCCGAUUCGUUGUAGGAUAGUUAAAACCAGGGUUAAAAAACAGAUGUCCGUAGCUGUAUGUAUCGGGAUAAACAUUUGAAGUGGUUUAUAAUAUCGGUCAGUGAGAGUACGAAGCGAAGGGUUUCGUCUUUUUGAAAAAAAUUUUUUUUUAGGACUUGUAAAUAUGACUUCCCUGACACAGCGGAGUUCGGGCCUAGUGCAGAGGCGGACCGAGGCCUCUCGUAGCUCUGCCGCCGACAAGGACCGAGGAACCGGGGAUGAGGACUUCGAGACCCGCCGCCGCGGAGGAGGAGAGGAAGAGGAGGAAGAAGAGGAUAAGGCAGACUCCAAAGAAACUCGACUCACAUUGAUGGAAGAAGUGUUGCUCUUGGGAUUGAAGGACCGCGAGGGCUACACGUCGUUCUGGAACGACUGCAUCUCGUCGGGGCUGCGUGGCUGCAUGCUCAUAGAGCUGGCCAUCAGAGGACGACUACAGCUGGAGACCUGUGGCAUGAGGAGGAAAAGCCUGCUCGCCAGGAAGGUGAUCUGUAAGUCAGAUGCUCCGACGGGAGACGUGCUAUUGGACGAGGCUCUGAAACACGUGAAGGAGACCCAGCCCCCAGAGACGGUGCAGAGCUGGAUUGAGCUGCUCAGCGGCGAGACGUGGAACCCUCUGAAGCUGCACUACCAGCUGAGGAACGUGAGAGAGCGCCUGGCCAAGAACCUGGUGGAAAAGGGCGUGCUGACCACGGAGAAACAGAACUUCCUCCUCUUCGACAUGACCACUCAUCCGCUCACCAACAACAACAUCAAACAACGCCUCAUCAAGAGGGUUCAGGAGGCCGUGUUGGAGAAAUGGGUCAACGACCCGCACCGCAUGGACAAACGGAUGCUCGCCCUCAUCUUCCUGGCCCACUCGUCUGAUGUCCUGGAGAAUGCCUUUUCCCCUUUGCUGGACGACCAGUAUGACCUGGCCAUGAAGAGAGUACGGCAGCUCCUGGACCUGGAGCCAGAGGGGGAGAGCACGAAGACCAACGCCAAUGAGUUGUUGUGGGCCGUGGUGGCCGCCUUUACCAAGUGAC